AUGAAUAAUAAUACAUUAACAUUAUAUAAAGAAGAAACAAUUUUAGAAGAGCUUGAUAUUGAUUAACUUACUUUCUCUUAAACUCAUUUAUUCUCUUUAAAUGAAAAUAUAACAUAGAAAAUUUAGAAAUUCUAAAUAUUUAACCCUUAACAUUAAGCUACUCUUGGACUAAUUAGAUUAGAUGGCAAAAUCAAAUUUGAUAUUGCUCUAACAAUUCACCAUAAAAACAUAUCAAAAAACAAAUAAAUCCAAUCAGAUCCACUUUAAUGUCCUAUUUGUAAAAAGAAAUUCUCAUCUCCUUAAGCUGUUGGAGGACAUUCAUCAAGAACUCAUCCAAAUGAAUCUGAAAAAUAUUAAUCUAAAGUUGCUAAAAGAGAGGAAAGAAAACAUGAAUUAUAAAGAACUAGAUAACUCUAAAAUAUAGUCUAAAAUGACUUAGAAUUUUUGUGAUAUUCAUAAACAUACUAUUAUUA